AUGUGGGCACCAGCAGCGGCUGCCUUCUCCUUCCUCCCUCCUGUCUUCUUCCUCCUUCAUAUCUCCUACCUGAUGGUGCUACUUUCUCCAUUUUUUUGGCCAACCGGGUUCGAAAAGUCUCUUUUCUUUCUCGGAAAACAAUGGCGGAAGGAACAAGCUGGCAUCACUUUCAUUGACCUCAGCUGGUAG